AUUAUAAUCAUUGAUUAGAUCCCUUUCCAAAACAUGUAUUUUAAAGUGAGAACUAAAUUUCAAAAUCAAUCGUUUUUUACGCUGUUAUCUUAUCACUCUACUUAUGAACUUUUCUAACCUUAAACGACAGUUUCAGAUUUAAAUUUAUUAUUUAAUUUAAUCUUUAUGAAUACUCUUCUGGUGUUGUAAUUUACGUGUUAAAAUGGAGAAUCAAUCGGACUCUCUAACUGUUUUAAAAACUAGUGGAAAACAGCACGUUAAAGAUGGAAUAAUUGAUUUUACAGGGGGCUCAUUGGGUGGUGUGGCUUUAGUGUAUGUUGGACAACCAUUAGACACAGUUAAAGUAAAAAUGCAGACAUUUCCAACUUUAUACAAAAAUAUGUUCAAUUGUUUCGCAACCACUUUAAAAACAGAUGGUGUUCGAAGGGGACUAUAUGCAGGAACAGUGCCAGCAUUAGCUACAAAUGUUGCAGAAAAUGCUGUUUUAUUUUUUGCCUAUGGUUUCUGUCAAAAAUUCAUGCAACAUAUUACAGGAGCACAAUCUAUAGAUGAACUAAGUACUGUCACCAAUGCAACAGCUGGAUUUUUAGCAGCCUUUUUUUCUUCGGUUGCUAUAUGUCCUACAGAAUUAGUCAAAUGUAGGCUGCAAGCAAUGCAUGAAGUAAACAAACAGCAGGCUCAAUUAGGAAAAGCUGUUAAAAGUGUGGGACCUUUGCAAUUAACUGCAGAAGUUAUUAGAACUGAAGGAGUUAAAGGCAUGUUUCGUGGGUUAGUGCCCACUAUUGUGAGAGAGAUGCCUGGAUAUUUCUUCUUCUUUGGUGCAUAUGAAGGUACUAGAGAGUUAUUAAGGAAGCCAGACCAGAAAAAAGAGGACAUAGGUCUAGUAAAAACCAUGAUUGCGGGUGGAAUGGGUGGGGGAAUCUUUUGGACAGCUCUCUUUCCAGCCGAUGUUGCCAAGUCACGUAUACAAGUCAACAACCUGAACGAAAAUAUGAUGAAGUUAAUAUUUAAGAUAGCAAGACAUGAAGGCAUAGGUGCCUUGUAUAAUGGUUUGCUGCCAACGGUUAUUAGAGCUGUUCCAGCUACAGCUGUCAUGUUCCUUACGAUAGAAUAUAGUAAAAAAUGGAUGCAUCAUAUUUCAAGAGAUUUAUAGGGGUUUUUGAUUUAAGAGAAUUUAAUUGAUUAAUUGUAUUUUUCAAAAAUGAGAUUCUUUUUCAUCUAGUAUUGAAAAAAUGAGUGUUUUAUUUGAAAAAGGGCAUUUAUUUCUCAGGGUAGACUUCCUUUAGUUCGAUAUAGUUUGUCUAGUGACUUUUGAUGAUUGAGUUUUGUUACUUAAGUGCCUUACUAGUUGUUAUUCAAUUUAUGAUUGUUAUUAAUCCCUAAUUUAUCCCAAUAUGUUUUUGGAUUAUCAGUUUCUUAAGGUUUGGGAGUAGAUGAAUGUCAAUGGUAGCAAAAUCUGGCAAAUAUAGGAAGUCUUCUUCUUCUUCCUCUUUAUAAGCAAUUCUGCUUGUUCAUUGGCGGAUUGAUACCUCUAUGGAAGGUUGUCACUCCAUCUUUUGCGCGGUCGGCCGAUACUUCUUCUGUCGAUUGGUGAUUUAUCUCGUGCUAUUUUGACCACAUGUGUCUCCCCCAUUCUGGUUAUGUGGUUGUUCCAUUCUUUUUUCUAUUUAGUCUCCAUUCGUUUAUACACUGUACGUUACAUUGUCUUCCAAUAUCUUCGCUCCUCUUUCGAUCUCUCAGUGUAUUUCCUGUAAUUCUUCUCAGUACUCUCAUCUCUGCUGUUUCCAGUAGUCUUUGUGUUGUUACUGUAUCGGGUCUUGUUUCUGAUGCAUAUGUCAUUAUUGGUCUUACACUGGCUUUAUAAAUUCUUGACUUCAUCUCAGUGUUAAUAUGUCGGUUUCGCCAUAUAGUGUUAUUAAGGCAUCCUGCCAAUCUAUUUGCUUUUUGUACUUGAUUUAUCACUUCUUUGUCCAGGUCUCCGUAACUUGACAAUGUAAUUCCAAGGUAUUUUACUUCCAUUACUUGUUCAAGAUACCGUCAAUUUCUAUUUUGCAUCUGAUUGGUUCCUUACUGAUUACUAUUGUUUUGGUUUUCUGAUAUAGGAAGUGUUUUGUGGAAUUGUUUUGAGAAUUGCAUAGGUUUAUAUAGGAUAGAAUCUAAGGACAAGACUAGUGGUGUUCAGUGACUAGCUCUUUGUUUAUUCUUAGAUUUUCAAUGAAAAUAUUUUUAUUGAUAGUUUUACUUAACCCAUUCGCUGUCUAUUGAAGAGGAUGGAACUCGACUAGGAGCCAUUCUGUUGAACGGCACCUUACUUAAGUAACCAUAUCACGCGCUGGCGCGUGUUCGGCAGCGAAAAGGGCCCCAUACACGAGUGAAUUAUCCGUCGAAUUUAAUGCGUAGCGAAUCAAAUUGGUAAAGAUAUCCGUGCGUCCAUGAUACUAUAAAUAACAAGAUAAUAUAUUGCACAUCCGGAAGUCGUGACGUAAGUGGAGACCGGCAAGUUCGUAAUGGUUCGUAAUCAUUCGUAAUGUCCGAUUAGUUUGAAUUGUUGGCGGUUGUUGUAAGCUAAGUGUAUUUUAUAUUUUAUCUUUGACAGUUAUUUUGAUAGAAAUCUCAACACUAAAUAUUUUUCGAAUACAUUGAAGUUUAAUGUAAAUUUGCUAAUUGAAUAAUUUCAUCAUAGAAUGCAUACAAAUCCCAUUUAACUUUAACAAGAAUUCAAAUUUAACUUCCGGUCUCCAGUUACGUCAUCAUGCGCGAACUCGGACGUACUUGCGCUACGGGAAGAUACUAUCUCGUUAUUUAUAGUAUCAUGCGUGCGUCUAUGGUUGGUCGCGAGCUAAGUAUGGCGCGUCAUAAAAUUCGUGCGAAUUCUAUCUGCAGGUUUUGACUUGUCCGUUAGUGGGCUUGAGACGAGCCGAAAAUCAAAAGCACCGAAUAUACAAACAAAAAUAUGAAAAAUAAAGCAUACGACGAAAUGGUACAAUUUUGCAAAGUGUAUUUUAAAAAUGCUGACCGUACUUUAUUCCCGCAUUACUGUAUUUGGUUUUCUCUAAUGCCCCUCAAUAAGGUUUAAUAGGUGUUCAAAUGAAUUUUCGUCCAUUCUUAUCUUCUUCUUCGUGUAGCCAUUCACGUCCACAUCUGAACAUGAGCUUCUUCAAGUCUUCCUUUCCAUUGUUUUUUGUUGUACGCUUUUCCCGACAGUUCGUUUCAGAUCAUCUGUCCAUCUCAUAGGAGGUCUGCCUCUGGGUCUUUUGUGUUGGUAUGGUCUCCAGGUUAGAUUUGUUCUGUGCCAUUUGUUUAGAUCGCUCCUAGCUACAUUUCCAGCGUAUUCCCAUUUCAAUUUUAAUGAUUUUUGUACCACAUCGGUGACUUUGGUUUUCUGUCUUAUCCAUGUAUUUGUUUUCCUGUCCUUAAGAGAUAUGCCAAGCAUUGCUCUUUCCAUCGCGUGUUGAGUGACUGAGUAUGUUCAUAUUCUUUUUUGUGAUUGUCUAUGUUUGUGUCCCAUAUGUUAAUAUCGGAAUAAUGCAUGCAUCAAGAACUUUAGAUCUAAGAUGUAGUUGAAUUUGCUGAUUUCUGAGUAUAUAGUUCAGUUUGCCGAAUGCUACCCAUGCUUUCUUCUUCUUUUUAUUUCUUCCGUUUGAAUUUCCCUAUUUAGUAUUAUUUUUUGUCCUAAGUAUAUAUUAUAUUCUUCAACUUUUUCUAUAACUUUGUCGUUUAUUAUUGUCACGGUUUCUUCGGAGUGCAUGACUUUUGUUUGGUUUAAAUUCAUUUUCAGUACUAUUUUAGAAGAUUCUGUGUGUAAAAAAUCCACAAGGAAAAAGUUUUCCUGUAGUUGGCUGUAUACCAUGUAAUACAAAAAACAGUGAAAUCCUUUAUAAAAGAUAUAUUUUAAAUCCCUCAAAAGGGCUACAUCAAAAUCACAUAACUAGUUUUCGACUGGUUUACCAGUCAUCAUCAGUGCUUACGAGCAAUGUACAUGCUAACCACCAAGAUAUUAUUUAACAAAAGUAUGUGGGUCAAAGCCCAGUAAAAGUAGUCCGUCAAGGAAACAUUGGUUUAAAAUGCUAUAUUAAGCGUGGAUGUUUAAAGUAUUUUGCUAAUCUGCCCCAGGUAACAUCUGAGCUGUGGAUUUGACUUGUUCACAUGGUAAAAGUAUGACAGCAAGUGACGAUGACUGGUAAACCAGUCGAAAACUAGUUAUGUGAUUUUGAUGUAGCCCUUUUGAGGGAUUUUAAAUAUACCUUUUAUAAAGGAUUUUACUGUUUUUUAUUCUGUGUGUAGUUCUGAAAGCAUGGUUUGCAGUUCUUGUAGGUCAGUAGCUAUCAGGAUUAUGUCAUCCGCAAAUCGUAGAUUACCAUGUCCAUUCUUAUACAGUUUCCAAAAUCACUUGGAUCAUUUUCCCGCAGCUCUCUCGUUAGAGACAUAUGACUAAAAUCGUUUCCUCGUAAUAACCACUUUUUACCCACAUUUUUCUCACUCUUUUUUUGCGUAAAUGUUAAUUUAUAACAAAAAUUUUAGUAUAAGCUAUUGCUUUCCGUUUGUUGUUUUCAGAAAACAUUUUUAAAAUGUCAGUCCGUACUCAGAUCUUUUAGCUCGACUAAAACACCACGAGCCAGAUCAAACCCGCCUAAAAUGCAAGAUUUUACUCCACUAACGUGCGAAUUUGGUACGUCGAGCCAGACAUGCAGGUCUGAUUCGUGUGUUUGGUAUGUUGGUUAGUGGGCUCUCAAAGAUUUGGUUCGUCCGAACCAGAUUUGUCGCAUCAAAUCUGUACGUACAGUAGAGUCUCGGUUAUCCGCCCUUCGGUUAUCCGAAAUUCCGUUUUAUCCGCCGUACCAUUUAUGCAACAAAAUAUACCUACUUUUGAAAAUAGUCCAUAAGGUGGAACUGAACUGAUUGGAAAGACAUGAUACAAGAAAUGAAUGAUGGCCGAGACUUGAUGCCUACAUUGAAAGCCACCAAUUUAAAAGAUCUCAAUUGCAUGGGAUAAAGUUGGGGCACAAACAGUUGCUAAGUCUUGGGAUAAGCUGUAGGGACGCGAGAAUAAAGAAACCGAGGACAAACACUCCGGGUGAAGUUCAGGAAAAUAUUUAUGUCCUUAGUGAAACUUAUCCCUGGAUGUGAUGUGAGGAUGCGUCUUUGAGUGAUGUUGGAGAGUGGUUUUCAAGGGAUGACCAGUAUGAAAUAACCCAUGAAGAAAUUGUUACUCUUGUUAAUGUAAAAGUGAUGAAGACAUCCAAGAACCAGAUACUCUUGAGGCCCACAUAGUUUUACACAAAGAAGGCGUAAAAUUUUUUGAAUUUGCGAUAAAAUACGUCCAGCAACAAGAAGAAUGUCGGUCUUGACGGUUCAGUUAGCUGGGGCUCAGUCGAUCGACAAGUUUAGUGGAUUUGCGAUUUGCGGUCGCUGGUUCGAGCCUCAGCUAGGUCAUGAAAUUUAUAAAAGGCCAACGCCGUAGUAUAAAACUCAAUAGAGUCUACGGCUUGGUCUGGAUAAAAUGGGGUCGGAUCGGCCUAUGGAGGAGCGGUACGGCAAGAGAUAAGGGCUUGCGGCUUGGUGAUACUUCUCCAUAGAUCCCUACCGAAGGGCGUUGACGCCUAAGAACGGUGUAUACAUACAACAAGAAGAAUCCAGAGCUGUCGAUAUUAUGGUUCUACAGAGAUGACGUGACUUGGCAGCAACAAAACGAGAUGCAAAAACUUAUGUCUCAUUUAACCCUCCCUAUUAUCCGCCAUUUUAGCUUAUCCGCCCUUCCGCCGGCCCGUUUAUGGCGGAUAACCGAGACUACUGUAUUUGAAAUAUACGGAUUAUCCGCUCGUGUAUGGGGCCCUAAUGGGUUAAGUUAGGAACAACUGAGUUUAUUUUUUUGUUUAUUAGCUAACUCUAGUUGUCAAAACUUUUAGAGAAAAUGAAUGUUUUGAUGAAGUUUUUUAUCAGUUGAUUUUAAGGCUAAGGUUAAUGUAGUAAAGCCCAGGCUGUUCCUGAAUUUGGACUGUUUAUGAGUUGCGAACAAGUAGACAUUAGUGUUUUUUAAAUAGAUAUAACUACCAAGUGACCUCAAUUUAUUUGUACAGUUUUGAUAGGUACCUACUUUAUUUGUGGAGUUGUACUAUGUAUAUAUUUUAGUACUUUUAUAAAGAGUUUACAUGUUUUAACCAAAGAUACAAUUUUACAUGGUUUACUUAAAUAAAGAUUGUUUACAAUUUU